CGUACGGAGCAAUAGCAACAACAAUUGGAAAUACAAUGACACAAAUACCACAGAAAAUAAGCACCGAUCAGGCUAACUAAAGAAUCCUGCAGAGCAUUAAAGAGGAAAUAUCAUUAGAAUUUUGACAAAAGAAGUGAUAUUCGGAGGGACUUCAUAUCGGUGAAUAAUGUGUUGCGAACCGGACGUAGUUCGUUGCCAAAAAAGAUGCAUUCUGUUACUUUUUUGGAUAUCCUUAGCGUCUUUUGCGCAGCAAACCUACAGAUCGAUUAACUGCUGUUAGUAGCGUUUGGUAUCAACGGCUUCGCCACACUUUAACAGAGCACAACGUUCACUUUACACCAGUCAGACAGUGUGAUCGUCUUACCAAAACGAAUGACUUCCUUUUGUAUCGUUCCGUGGGAGAAUAUUUGUAGACAAAAACUCGAUAUUUUCGUUGGUAGAAAAUAUAUUUUUGUCUUUCAAUAUGUACUCUACACGUUGUGUUAGCCAUCUAUUUCUCAAAUGGUCACUUCAAACUUGGACUUAUAAUGUACACUGAAACUCUCCGUGAACGAAGCUGUCCAUCUAUUUUAGUUAUGUUUCCUUUCGGUGCCUCACUCAAUUAUGACGAAAAACAUUUAUUUGUGGGCACAACGUGGUGUCGUUAUUGCUUUCGGCUCGGUUUUCAUCUCAGCUGGAAUAUACUUGUAUUUAAACUGGAUUGAUAUUUUCACACGGGCCCGCGGCAAACAAAUGUUCCUGGGACCUGAGUCGCCGGCAUUUAGCGAUUGGAAAACACCACCGCUCCAAUUAAAUUUAGAUCUGUACUUGUUCAAUUGGACAAAUCCUCAAGACUUUCAUCGAAAUUCAAACAAAAAACCACAUUUUGUAGAGUUAGGUCCGUAUCGGUUCGUCGAGAAAGUCGAGAAAGUCGAUAUCGUGUGGCAUACAAACAAUCAUUCCGUGUCGUAUCGUAAGAAAUCGGUAUUUCAUUUUGACCCUGAGAACAGCAAGGGAAGUUUAAGCGAUAAAAUUACUAGCGUGAACGUUGUGGCCCAUUCGAUCGCGUUAAAAUCUAAAGAUGAUAGUAAUUUUCAAAAAAUGCUAAUCGCACGAACCCUAAAAAUGUAUAACGCUGGCGUAUCAAUUACAAAAACAGCCGAUGAAUGGUUAUUUACUGGUUACGUUGAUCCGUUUCUAAGUUUAGGAAAUCUGUUAUCUAAAUUUAAUAAAGAUGUGAAAAUACCUUAUGACCGAGUAGGCUACUUAUAUACGCGCAAUAAUAGUGCGACUUAUGAUGGCCACUUUAAUGUGUUCACGGGUGCCGACGAUAUAAGAAAAAUGGGACAGAUUCACACGUGGAAUUACAAAAAGCAUAGCAGGAUAUUUGAGGGUGAAUAUGGUCAAGUUACAGGGUCGAUGGGUGAGUUUUUUCCACCGAACUUAACACCUCAGGAUACUUUGUGGCUGUUCGUUCCUAAUAUUUGUCGAGCGGUACCUUUCGAUUACACGGAAAGCGUGCAAAUUCACAAUGUUAAUGCCCAUAAGUACAGCGUUGGAGAAAGACUACUGGAUAACGGAACAUUAUUCCCUUCAAAUAAAUGCUUUUGUAUUGGUGGCAAAUGUGAGCGUUCCGGGGUGCUUAACAUUGGCGCCUGCGCAUACAAUGCAUCGAUGUAUAUAUCCUUGCCCCACUUCUAUAAAGCUGAUCCCUACUAUUUGGAUGCGAUUGAAGGCUUGAAGCCAGAGAAGGAAAAGCAUGAAUUCUUUAUGACCGUAGAGCCAAACUUAGGAGUUCCUAUGGAUGUAGGUGGAGGAUUUCAAGGAAAUUAUCUUUUGGAACCAAUAGAAUAUCUACCGCCUUUUGAUCGUGUACAGCGCGCAUUUAUACCACUAAUGUGGGGUGAAGAAAGAGUGCGGGUCCUACCUGAAAUGGCGGAAGGUAUUGGUUUGGUGCCGAUGAUCAUACUAAUUGGUCACAUAUUUACUGGGGCAUUAUUAGCCCUUGGUGUGAUAUUAAUAUGCUGGUAUCCAGCGAAAUCAAUAACAUCCAACUAUUUGUGUUCCAAACAAAAAGUAGGCUUUUUAAAACGAGUUACUUCGAAUGCGAAUAUGAAAACGACAUCGUUACCACGGAAAUCGUCAACCGAUUUAGAAAAUACAGAUUUGCUGCAAAAGAACAAAAUCAUUAUUUUAGGAAGUUAAGUCUCUAUAACUCUAGUGUAACUUAAAUACCUCGUUUCGAUUUUAGCUAAAAUUAUAAGUUUUAGGUGCACAGCGUAUAUAUUUUUUAAGGGAAUUAAAAUG